AAUAAUAAUAAAAUUCCCAAAUGGAGUUCAACAAGGACGUAAAGAUCCCAAAAUAUCCUGAACAAAACAAACUAGCUAAGCUAAAGCUCAUACAUUAUAAGGUUUUUGUUUGUAACGUCUAUGAUUUUGGCUGUUUGGUGGUCUCCCACUUCCUCGCAGAUCAUGUAUAUAGCGAUCAAACUUUGCAGGCCAACCAACACUUUAUUUUUUUAAUCAUUACUAUUCCAUUAUUUCUAUUUUUAUCUUGGUUUCUCUUUCCUUUCUUUCAACAAUACAACACCUUUCUCAUUCUGGGAUUUCUCAAUCAAGAUGAACGACUUGCUCACGGAUUCAUUUGUUGGUGAUGCCAAAAGACCUCCCAGCAAUAAUGAUAUUGAAAUGGGAAUGCAGCUUCCAAGGAGUAACUCCGAUAUGGGAAUGGACGCUUUCAAUAAGCAGAUACAAGACGUCGAGAAACAGGUUGAUAAGGUCUCUGGACUUCUCAAGAACUUGAAGGAAGCUAAUGAGGAGUCGAAGUCUGUAACAAAAGCAUCUUCCAUGAAAGCUAUCAAGAAGCGUAUGGAGAAAGAUGUUGAUGAAGUGGGUAAGACUGCACGUAUUGUCAAAGCCAAACUAGAAGCAAUAAACAGAGACAAUUUAGCCAAUCGGCAGAAACCUGGAUGCGAAAAGGGAACUGGAGUUGACCGAGCUAGGAUGAACGUUACAAAUGCCUUGAUAAAAAGAUUCAGGGAUUUAAUGACAGAGUUUCAGACCUUAAGACAAAAGAUCCAAGAUGAGUAUCGUGAAGUUGUGGAGAGAAGGGUCAUUACAGUUACAGGAACCAGACCAGAUGAAGAGACAAUUGACCACCUGAUUGAAACUGGAAACAGUGAGCAAAUCUUUCAGAAGGCAAUUCAAGAAAUGGGUCGAGGACAGGUACUAAAUACCCUGGAAGAAAUCCAGGAGAGGCAUGAUGCUGUAAAGGAAAUUGAGAAAAAGCUUCUUGACCUGCACCAGAUUUAUCUUGAUAUGGCUGUUCUUGUCGAGGCCCAAGGAGAGAUCUUAGAUAACAUUGAAAGUCAGGUUGCAAAUGCAGUGAAUCAUGUCCAGUCAGGGACAACUGCUCUUCAAAAUGCAAAGAAACUUCAGAAGAAUUCCCGAAAAUGGAUGUGCAUUGCCAUUAUAAUUCUUUUGCUUAUAGUAGCUGUUAUAGUCAUUGGUGUCGUCCAACCUUGGAAGAAUAGCAAGGGUGCUUGAGUCUGCUGUUUUCGUUGCUUGACCAUCUGUACCUAUAACCAAUUGAAAUUGUUUGUCCUAUCCGUGUCUCUCUUUUUCUAUUUUCUUUUUAUUUUCAUAAUUCAUUUCUUCCUGCUUCUUGGUGAUGUUUGGCUGCUUGUUGCAAGCAUGAUUUUUGUGUGAAAGACCUUGAUAUAUAUAUACCGAUAAUGUGAAUACUUCCUGGACAUGAAAUGAAGCAUUGUGUUUGCUUUGGUCA